AUGCGGAAAUUUGGAGGGUACGCGGCGUACCGCAGCUGCGCCGCAGUCCUACGCAGUGCGGCGGCGGCGCGGCGCGCGCAGGGCGGGCACCUGGCAGGUGAGGCGCGGCGCUGGUACCUGCGGCUGCGGGCGCGGCUCCUGGCCCAGCGCUACGGGGCCCUGUCCGAGGCGGGCAGCUGCCGCAGCGCCCUGAGGGCCAGCCGGACCACGCUGGACCGCAUGGAGGAUUUCGAGGAGGACCCGCGGGGGUCCCGGGGCCACCGGCGCUCGCUGAGCCGCAGCUCCGGCCCGGGGGGGCUGCGGGGGGGCCCUGACGAGCGCCCCCCCGGGGUGGUCCCCACCCCCCUGGCCGAGGCCAGCCGGGCCAUGGCCGGCGACACAACCCUGAGUGAGAACUACGCCUUCGCGGGGGUGUUCCACGUGUUCGACCAGCACCUGGACAGCGCAGUGCGGAAGGUGCAGUUUGCCCACGACGAGCGCCACCUGCUGGCGUGCUGCUCGCUGGACGGGACGCUCUCCGUGUGCCGCCUGGCCCCCGGGCCCCCGGCCGUGCUGCGGCGGCUCCGCGGCCACGGCGCCGGCGUCUCGGACUUCGCCUGGUCCCUGUCCAACGACGUGCUGGUGUCCACCUCGCUGGACGGGACCCUGCGCCUCUGGGACCCCGGGGACGGGCGCUGCAUCCGCCGCGUGCCCGACCCCGACGGGGCCGCGCUGCUGUGCUGUGCGUUCCAGCCGCUCAAUAACAACCUGACUGUGGUGGGCAGUGCCCGGCACAUGGUCCGUGUUGUGAACAUCUCCACGGGGAAGGCGGCUCGGGGCGGCACCGGGCGCCUCCCCGGGCGGGUCCUCGCCCUCUGCUUCGACGCCCCCGGGCGGGUCCUGUGGGCCGGGGAUGAUCGGGGCUCGGUGUCCUCGUUCCUGUGCGACCCCGGCACCGGCCGGCUGACCAAGGCCUCGCGGGUGCUGGUCCAGGCCGGCGGCUCCAUCACGUCGCUCUCGGCCCGGGCCUGGGCCAGCCGGGAGGCGCCGGACCCGUCCCUGCUGGUGAACGCCUGCCCCGACCGCCUGCUGCUCUUCCGGGUGGUGGAGGACGAGGGGGGCUCGGGGGCCCCGGGGCUGCGGCUCCGGCGCAGUUUCCCCACGCGGCACCGGGAGCAGCCCCUGAGGAGCUGCUUCUGCCCCCUGAUGUCCUUCCGGCAGGGAGCCUGCGUGGUGACGGGCAGCGAGGAGGGCGGUUGGGUGUCCCUGAUGUCCCCAGUGUCCCUGAUGUCCCCGAUGUCCCCAAUCACCCCGAUGUCCCCGUGUCCCCGCAGUGACGGGCAGCGAGGAGGGCGCAGGAGGGGUGGGGGGUGGGGGGGGGGCGUGCUGGCCGUGGCCUUCAACUGCGACGAGUCCCUGCUGGCCUCGGGGGACGCCGCGGGCACCGUCAUCGUCUGGCGCCGCCAGCACGCCUGAGGCGCCCCAAAAAACCCCCAAAUCCCCGCGGCAAACCCCCAAAUCUGCCUGGAGACACCCCCAGAAAUACCCCAAAAACCACCCUG